AUGAACGGAACCGCCGGAGUGGACGGAGGAAGGACCGGACGGAACGACGACGAACCGGUGGAAUCCCGGACCGGAGGAGAAGGAGAGGCUGACUGGAAUGACGACGGAACCGAGGUAACCCGGAGGAGGAAAAGGAAGAAGAGGCUGACUGAACGACGGAACGGAGGUGGAACCGGUGGACAGAGGAUGGAAAAAGAAGCCGACGGAAUGGACGGAACCGUGGAGGUGGAACGGAUGGGGACAGGAGGCCCGACCGGAACGACGAAACCGGAGAGAGGUGGAACGGAGGACCAAGAGAGAAGGACUGAACCUGGACGGAAGGAUCCCGGAACCCAGGAGGCCGGAGGACGGACGGAACGGAGGGAACCGGAGGAUAGAGCCGGACGGAACGGACGGACGACGGAACCGUGGAGAGAACGGACGGAACGACGGAGGAGGGAAUCCGGACUGGAUCAGAGAGGCCGACCGGAACGAGUCGAGGAACGGAAAGGAGAACGACGAAGGGACGGAGGAGAAGGAGGCCGGACGGAACGACGGAACCGAAGUGGAGGUGAACCCGGAGAAUGGAGGAAGAAGGAGGCCGGACGGAACGGACGAAACCGGAGUGGAGGUGGAACGGAGAAUGGAGGGACCGGAAAGGAAGGACGACUGAACGACGGAACCGGAGGACGGAGGGACGAGGAGGCUGGAACGGAACCGGAGGUGGAACGGAACGGAGGAUGGAAGAACGAGAAGGAGACGGAACGACGGAACGGACGAACCGGAGGAGGGAACGGAGAACCGAAGGAGAGGAACGGACGGAACGACGGAACGGAUGAACAGGAGAGAGACGGAUUGAACGGAACCGAGGAGGACAGGACGGAGGAAGAGUGA